AACACCACUCCUUUCUCUCAGCUCCUGUCUUCGCGGUGUCCAGCUGCCACAACACGGACCUCUGACAACACUUUGGGAAAAGUUUUGACUUGCAAAGAACAACGCAGGGGAGAGGAGCUGAAGAUUUUUAUUCGCUCUUUUACGCACGUCCCGAGCAAAACAUGCAUUUAUUUACAUCAGGGUCGAGGAUGACGCCGUCUUUUUCAUUCUCAUCAUUCCUCUUUUUGGCACCUCUGCUGCUGAACAGUCUCUCGGUCAGUGGCUCUCCCGGGCUGCGCGUCCUGUGGCUUACCGGCAAUGGAGAAAGACGCGGAGGAAAAGCUGAUGACAGAAAUCGCCAAGCAGCAAAUUCUGGAGAAACUGCACCUGAAAGAAAGACCAAACAUAACUCACACUGUUCCCCGGGCGGCGCUCCUCACUGCGCUGCGCAAACUGCACUCGGGGCGCGUCAGGCAGGAUGGUACUCUUGAACUAGAAAACAAUAUACCAACCAAAGAUCAAGGCUAUGAAAUAGUGAGCUUUGCAGAUAUACGUGACACAGGGAGAGGUGAAGAGGCCAGCCUCAGUCUUACCUUCCAGUUUCUGCAGGAACGUGGUCAGAGCAUCCAGGUCCUCCAGUCCUCUCUGUGGAUCUACGCCCGCUCCUCUGGGAACCCUCGCCGGGACUCUCGUCUCCCUGCCAGAGUCUUUCUCUCUGCAGAUGGUGGUGUGUCUGGCACUAACCGCACUCUGGUGAUAGAGAAGAUGUUGGAGGUCCAGGAGAGUAACUGGCACACCUUCCCCAUCACCCGCACCCUGCAGGCAUUCCUCGACGGAGGCCAACGCCGGCUACGGCUGGAGGUGAGCUGCGAUGAGGAUGGGAAGAACCUUUGCUCCCUAGACGGCUCUGCAGACACCCCCUACCAGCCCUUCCUGGUGGCCCAGGUGCGUCUCCGUGAAGACCACUCCAAACACCUGCUCAGGAAGCGCUCCUUACGCUGUGGUGACGAUGUGACCGUGUGCUGCAAGAGAGACUUCUACAUCAAGUUCAAGGAUAUCCAGUGGGAUGAGUGGAUCAUCGCACCUGAAGGCUACCACAUGAACUACUGCAUCGGUCAGUGCCCCCAGCACCUGUCUGGUUCCCCGGGGAUUGCAUCCUCCUUCCAUGCCACUGUCUUCAGCCAGCUGAAAAUCAACGGCAUCAACACAGCUACGACAUCAUGCUGUGUUCCCACUGAGCGCCGGCCACUCUCCAUGGUCUUCUUUGACUCUCAGCACAGCAUUGUGAAAAUGGACGUUCCUGACAUGAUAGUGGAGUCCUGCGGAUGCACAUAAAGGACAGAGUAUGAAAUACAUGGUACAGUUAACACAGAUUUGUUUGGUGUGUGUUGUAGAUAGACUCAUAGAAAGAUGAAAACACACAUGAACAGAGGAAACGUGUUUAGCUUUGGACAACCAACAUGUAUGUUACUCUUCCACACAAGACUUGGUUACUCAUUUUGAAUCAAAUUCUAAUGAAUUUGGCUGCAAAAUUAGAAAUGACCUUCAUAUAAAGACACAACUUCAUAUAAUUCUCCCUGCAAAAGAAAAGCUUUUUAAACUCUCCAUACAUUAUUAUUGAAAAAUAAGAUGUAACAUGUUUGAAAUAGAAAUUUUUGUAGUUUACAUGCACAUAAAUGAUAACUACAAUGUCUUGAGCAAAAACAAUAUUACACGAGGGAUGUAAUAGGCACAGAGAAAAGAAAAGUAUCAUGGGAUAAGCUAUUAGCACAACACUCAGGCAAAUUUUAGAGAAAAAACAAUUACAAGCAUUAAACCACUUGAUUUUUAAAUGAUCUUUAAGAAAUCAUACUGUUCAUCACUCACCAGCAAUUUUCAUUUCAUUUUAGUUACAGAGAAAAUAAUCCAUCCAUUCAAUUUUACAGACUACAACACAAUUUCAGUGCCUAGAACCAGAUGAAUGAGUGAGUCAGGACGUUCAUCAACUAAUACACUAAGUCUGAAUGCAGACACAUUUCUUCACCAACAUGUCAGAGGCAUAAAUUAGAGAGAGGAUAGAAACAAAGCAACAUUAACAUAUGGCAGAUUCAACACAGAAAAGUUUAUAGUGGUGCCAAGUAGAUGAGGCCAGGGCUGAAUGUCGUCCCACUUACAUUAAAGAAAUUCUCUGUGGAGGUCACAGCACACAAAGAGAUUAAGAUGACGUCUUCACUGUAGUGUAAAUCUUUUUUUCAUUUUUAUCAUAUGUAGUUUAUUUAUUUUUUUAUUCCACAGUUGCUGCUGGGAUUCAGCUCAAAGAUGCAGUAAAAUGUUUUCUGGAUCUCAGGAAGUUGUGAGCAGAAGUGACACCGCUUGUAACUCUUUCAAGACGCAUUAGCUCUGUUUUCCACUCUGUUUCAUGUUAUGGUCACAGUGUCCACAUACAUAUAGAAUCUGAAUACUUUACAGAGCUGUUAUAUUUUCAUGGGAAAUCUGCACCUUCCUUCAUUGCUGCCAUUUUAAAGCAAGGCUUUUAAACCAAUGAAAGAGAACCUUGAUUUAAAGUGUGCCUUCUUCUUUAACUCAUGACUCAUGAGUAUCAAGUCAUUUGGUCUAAAAUAUGUCUAAAUAUGUAAGACUAUAAGUUUAUACUUGGCCUUCAGUUUACCACUGAUUUCCAUUACUAACUAAUGGAGUCUGUUUAUGUGGACCUGUGACACAAUGCUCCUAUGGACGGCUACUGCUAUUCUGACAAUUCUAUUUUUCUUAUUUUACAUUCAACAAAUAUGUUUAUUAUAUUGUGAAGCUGUGUUAAGAAUUUGUUAUUACAUUGCAAGAAAACAACUGAACUGAGACGGUUUGAACAGGUAAAAUCAGUUGGCGCAGGUUAAAAUAUACUUAAUCAGCAUCUCCACUGUAUUAUUUACACAAGUCGGCUAAUCAGUUGGGUAACUUUGGCUCUGAUGGUAUAUGAACCUAGGGUCAUUUUUCAGCAGCAUGAGCAAACAUUUAGCUAUUGCUUCAGUGUCAAGUAAUGUGAAGGUCUGUGAGGCAGUUGGGUCAAUGAGCAUGUGCUGUUGCACGUUGGCAUUUAUGUCUCUCAAAGUCUAAAGUUUUCUGGACUGAUCCAGAAUUAGUUCCUUCCCUUUCAAAACAUCUACUUUGUAUCCCAGUAGCACAAUCUAUCAGUCUGUAAUUUAUUAUAACUUAAUGCUCUAACUUUGCUCUGUGUAUGUAUAAUGGUGUGUUUAAAGACCCAGGCCUUUUCUACUUCUCGCCUAUGUUUACACUGUGCAGUGUAAAAGUCAAAUAUCUCUUGUGUUUUUGUGAAUGAUGUUUCAAGGCUUUAUCCUCACUGUGUUGGUAAAGUUUAUGUCUUAAGGACAUGUAUUUACUGCCAUGAUACACAGGAACUAUUUCCUUUUUUUCAGUUAGUUUUAUAAAACAUAGUCCACAAACUUGUUUCACCUCUCUCUGUUGCCUCUAAAAGUUUCACUUGUGUUAAUGCAUUAGAGUACAAACUUGCAUAAAAAAGUUUUAUUGCUGGAGUUUAUUAUUUGUUUUAACUUGUAAGCACUUCCUGUCCCAGGACUCAAUGCGACAUGGAGGUGCCAUGUAUCAUAAUUUACUAAGCACUUUAUCACCCUUCUGUAUUUUUAGAGCAAUUUUUGCUUGGAGGGUCUAUUACUUAUUACUCAGGCAGGCACUACCUAAAAGGUAAAUAUGCCCACAAAGAGCAAAUGUCAAUCAAAUGUUGUGUGUAAAUGUGUGGUAUUGUAUAUUCUUGCAGAGUGCACAGGUGAUGCAUACAUUUCUGUAUACUGUAACUGGUGGAAAUGGCACCGGGAUUCUACUUCUGUUUCAAUUUAAAGUUAUAAUUAUUGACUUUAUCUUUUGUAUCAUAAUAUAUUUUAUGUACACUGAAUUAUUUGUAUAGCAAUUAAAUGUAAGACAUGUCUUAAUGUGCUGAAAUGACAUGAUUACAGUCAAAGUAUAUUUUAAUAAAGAAAUAAAUAUUUUUAAAUCAA